GAGAGUGGGCGGAGCCAGCGUGUCUCGAGCUAGUUGCCGGAGCAGCUCGCGGACAGCAGACAGAGGGAUGGUCUCGCGCUCGGCGGCGGGCAGCAGCAGGUCAUGUUGUCCGCGCGGCGGGAGACCUGCCCGCGUGUCACCUUCAGCGGAGCGGGAAGUGCCACGACUCUGACUCCUGGACCUGAGAUGGCGAUGGGCGGGGAGGCGUGUCCUCACAAGCUGGGAUCCACCAAUCACCUGCGACUCCUCCUCUACAUCCUGAUUCCCACUGUCAGCCUGUUGGCGGCGCUGCUGCUGCUCGUCCUGGCACUCACUGGUAUAUUUGGCGGCAGCCUCUUGUACUCUAACCCGCUCCCCUCCCCUGAGCCCAUUGCCGAUAGCGACCACGGUUACCAUGGCAACAGCACAAGCCCCUCCCUCGAGGCUGAGAACGUCACGUCCUGGCUGCGAAAUCGCAGCGGCGGCAGCAAGGACGGCGACGAUGUCACAUACCACAACGAGAGCACACCCUCUGUUGCCGCUAGACUCCGCCCACCUUCUUACACUCAGGCCACACCCACUCAGCACUACACACAGCCUCCUGAUUGGCUGACAACUGUGACAUCGAUGAGCUCUGCCUGGCCGAUGAGCACCACGGCGACGCCUGACACAGGUGUGUGUCAGCUGAUCACAGAGCCACAGUGUCACAUGCUGCCCUACAAUCAAACAUGGCUGUCCUCGUCCGUCGCUGUGGUGAAGAGCUCGGAGGUCGACAUGUUGCUAAGGUUCUUCAGCUACCUCAGCAGACUCUCCUGCUACAGACACAUCAUGCUGUUCGGCUGCUCGUUAGCGCUGCCAGAGUGCGUCGGUGUCGACGGCGCAAACAACAGGCGCGUUGUGUUACCUUGUGCGUCGUUCUGCGAGGCGGCAAGGGAAGGCUGCGAGCCCGUCCUCCAGAUGUUCAACGCAUCCUGGCCGGAGUUCCUGCGCUGCUCUCAGUUCAGCAACAUCACGUCCACUUCACAGCCACCUUCAUCAUCAUCAUCAUCACCACCGUCACCCACGGCAACAGCAGGCCCCGCCCCCCCUGCCUGCUUAACGCCGCGACAGAUGAAAGGGAAACCAUCGCUGUGCGGCGGGAAGGACCACUUCCUGUGCGCGACGGGGAUUUGUGUCCCCCAGAAACUGGUGUGCAACGGCUACAACGACUGCGACGACUGGAGCGACGAGUCGCACUGCGUGUGUACAGAUGGAGAGUUUCGUUGUAACACUGGUCGGUGUCUCUCGCCCGCUCUGGUGUGUGACGGUUACGACGACUGUGGAGACCUGAGCGACGAACUGAACUGUGUGUGUAACCUGACCCGUGAACAUCGCUGUGCUGACGGCCGCUGUGUGUCCAGAGACUGGCUGUGUGACGGAGACCACGACUGUCUGGACAAGUCUGACGAGCUCAACUGCUCUUGUAAGAGUCAGGGUCUGCUGGAGUGCAGGAACGGUCAGUGUAUUCCUUCAGCGUUUCGCUGCGACGGCGAGGACGACUGUAAAGACGGCAGCGACGAGGAACAGUGCAACCGAGAGCAGACUCAGGGUGUGUGUGUUCCCGGUCAGCCCAGCUGUAUCUCCACUUCUUGUCCGUCUGUGUGUGCGGGGAACAGCGCCACCUGUGACCCACGAAACAACAACAACAACACCAACUGUAGUCGCUGUGAGUCCAUCAGUCUGGAGCUGUGUAUGAAUCUUCCCUAUAACCUGACCAGUUUUCCUAACUACCUGGGUCACCAGUCGCAGAGAGAAAGUUCUGUUUCCUGGGAGUCGUCUCUGUUUCCUGCUCUGGUGCAAACCGGUUGUUACCAGUUCCUCAUGUUCUACGCCUGCACGCUGCUCGUCCCCAAGUGUGACCCCGUCACUCUGCAGAGGGUCCCACCCUGCAGGUCGUUGUGUCGUAAUGCGAAGGAAAAGUGUGAGUCGGUGCUCGGCAUUGUGGGAUUGCAGUGGCCCGAGGACUCGGACUGCAGUCAGUUUCCAGAGGACAGAGGUGGCGCCCCCUGUCUGCUGCCCGAGGCAGGCGUCGACGAGUGCUCCCCGAGUCACUUCAAGUGUCGGUCGGGACGCUGCGUCCUGGCGUCCAAACGCUGCGACGGACAUCUGGACUGUGACGACCACAGCGACGAGGACAACUGUGGCUGCUCAGAGCGCUCUCUGUGGGAGUGUCCCGGCAGCAGCGUGUGCAUCAAAGCUAGCAUGAUCUGCGACGGGUUCCCAGACUGCCCCCUGCUGGUGGACGAGGCUAACUGCUCGACGUGCAAAGACAACGAACUUUCCUGCAACAACCACCAGUGCGUUCAUCGCACACUGUGGUGCGACGGAAAGAAACACUGCUCCGACAGUUCGGACGAGUGGGACUGUGUGUCUCUUUCCGAUCGAUCGGGUUCCGUGUUGACCGUGUCCAGGUCGGCGGCUGAAUAUCAGGUGUGCGCCGACGAGUGGAACCACGAGUUGAGUCAACUCACCUGCGCCCAGCUGGGACUAGGGGUUCCAUCCUCUGUUUCCAUGGUAGCAGACCAGCCUGGUGUCCCGGGCCGUCGCCGCUGGUUACACGUCCACCCUGAGUGGAACCUGAGGAACGGUUCUGCUCUUCAGGCGCGUCUGGAGAAGAGAAGUCACGCGUGUCAUUCCAGGAAGAGAGUUUCACUUCUUUGCACCAGAGAAGAGUGUGGUCUCCGUCCAUCGCUGGGCGUCUUCCCACACAGGAAGAAGAGGAUCCUGGGAGGGCGGGUGUCACGGCGAGGGGCGUGGCCCUGGCAGUGCUCGCUGCAGAGUGGUCCGAGCGGACACGUGUGCGGCUGUGUCCUCAUCGCACGGCGGUGGGUGCUAACCGUCGCCCACUGCUUUGAGGGGAGGGAGAGCGCUGAGCUGUGGAAGGUGGUGCUCGGCCUCAACAACCUGGACCACCCCGGCGCUGACAGUCAGACCCACGGCGUGCGCUCCAUCAUCGUUCACCCGCGCUACAACCGCGCGGUCGUCGACUACGACAUCAGCGUGGUGCAGCUGGACUCCGAGGUGGAGGAGACGCCAUUGGUCAGACCCGUGUGUCUCCCUCAGUUUGGCGAGCUGCCGUCACCUGACUCCUACUGUUACAUCACAGGCUGGGGUCACAUGGGCAACAGGAUGCCCUUUAAGCUGCAGGAGGGAGAAGUUCGGAUCAUCUCUUUGUCCCAGUGUCAGUCUUACUUUGAUAUGAAGACCAUCACUCCCAGAAUGCUUUGUGCGGGUUACGACGCUGGAACCGUCGACUCCUGCAUGGGCGACAGCGGUGGUCCGCUGGUGUGCGAGGAGGACAGCGGUCGCUGGACAUUGUUCGGUCUAACGUCAUGGGGCAGCGUGUGCUUCAGUAAAGUCCUCGGACCCGGAGUUUACAGCAACGUGACGCACUUCACGCCUUGGAUCCAACAACAGAUCUACACACACACAUACCUGAGCGACUAACACACACACACACAAACACACCUUCAGUUCCUCUUAACUGUGCCUAUAUCUGAACUGAUAGCCUUCAGAAGCUAACUGCUAACUCCACCAGCAGUAGUACAAACUAGUGUCACACAUGCUAACUCGUUAGCUUGUAGAGCUAUUGUCGUCAUUAACAAAGUAAAUGUCACAUUCACACAACUUAACAUUCAGUAAACAAUAAAUAAUUAUUUUUAUUACGACUUUAUUCUACACACACAUACAGUGUAUAUAUAUAUAUAUAUUUAUAUAUAUAUAUAUAUAUAUGGAAGCAAGACUAGGUCAGAAAAAGUUUAAAUUUUAAAUAUUUAAUAUCUAAAUAGAAUAAAAACACAUAUUGUUGCACAGUGAAAAUCCUAAGUUUUUAUUUUAAAACAAAUAUAUAUAUAUAUAUAUAUACAUGUAAGUAUCACAGUGUUUCCUACAGAAUUAAUGAAAUCAUUAGCAGUCUAUAUAAUUAUAAUUAUCGGGAAACAUCCAGAAUACUCAAUGACAAAUUUGCUGCUCUUUAAAUUUUAGUUAGUAAAUAAGAAAUUAUUUGAAAAAAAUUUAACUUUUCGAUUUUUUUAAUUUACGAGAUUAAAUUAUGUGAAAUAACACCUUUUUGUAUUUAAUUUUCGUAAAAACAUCUUUGAGUAAAAUUAUUGGUUGUCAUUAAGUACAGUAACUGAGUAACUGAGUAACUGAGAUUUUAGUUAUGUUUCGUUUAUUUGUAACUCGGAGGGAAAAAACUGUUGAAAUGUUUUUAGUUAAACAAAAAUCAGGCGUUCGAUGCCGACGCCGUUGGCUCGAACCCCCACAAUGCUUCACUCUCUAGUGCCUGUACUUAAACCUAGCAGUAAUACAACUCAUUAUCUGUUGGAGCUGCAAAUAACUUGUUAUAUUUUCACUUGUCGGUUAACUUGCCAUUUGUUUUUUGGUCCAAAAAUUUCAAAAGCUGGAAUAUUUGCGACCUUGUUUAAUUAUAUAAAAAAAACUCAAACCUUUGGUUAUUAAUUUAGUCAAAAUGCAUAAUUGUAUGUGUGGGUGCAAGAAUUUUUUGGUUUUUUUGAAAAGCGCAAUUUAUUUUAGCAGCUUUGACAGACUUUUGUUUGUCUGAUUUUCUGAAGACACUUGGACACGAGUUGCUCACUUCCUGAAAUCUUUUUUAACCUUGUGCUGUCACGUCUUAUUUUUCUAUACGUUUGGAAAAAAUGUCUUCUCUCAGGAUUCAAGGAGUGGCUUUUAAGAACUUUAUCAUACACUUAACUAUAGGUUUAUAAUUAUGUCGUAAAACACUUACUAAAAACACACUGUAUUAAUGUAUAAUUAACCUCCCUAGUGGACGCGUGCGUACAUAGACGUUUUGAUAUAAGCUCGACUAAUAUAGCAAACAAAACGAGGCGGUAAACAUUCUUAACGUAUGCUAAUAAACAGUUUAUUAAUGAUCAGUAAGUAAAAUAUCAUAUUUAAAAGUUGUUAAUCCAAGCUAUUGAAAAAAACAUGUUUUGAAGUGUAACUUUAGCGUAUUGCUAAUGUUAGCAGUGCCAAAUUGGCUUGUGUUAAAAGAAGCUGUUUUGAAAGCGAACUAGCAAUCGCUUAUAUUAGCUAAUAGACGCUAAUACACACACACACAAAAAAGAAAAAACUGCCGAAUUAGCGCCAGCUAGAUUGUGAAGCACAAAUGUAGCAUCAUUAAUUAAGGGACUUGUUGUUAGCAGUGAGGUACGUUACUAUUUUGCGAAACUAUUGUAGUGUUAAAUGCAUCGGUUUUCACUAGCUAGGCAUGCUAGUAAAACGUAUCUAGCCGCUAAAGAACUGUCAAAACAGUAACACAGCCAACUGCUAAAGUUAGCUUUGGAAAUAACAACAGUUGUUUAAAAUAUCAUGAAUAUUGUGCAAAUAAACGUCCAGACGGUGUCACUUUUACCAAAAAAAGAAUAGUAAUUAGUAUCAGCUUAAAAGACACAUUUACACAGUAUGAGCAAGAAAAGUGUUGGUUUAUAGUCCAACGUUAGCAUCUUUGUUUUUGAAUGAGUUUGUUGUUUUAAGCCUCAAAUGUCAUUGAAAAAGUUAACAUUGAGCUCAUUGUAACGUUCAUAAGCCCAAAAAAAGUCACAUUUUCACUUUUUUUUGUUUAAAGAGUAUAAAACGCGAGUGUGUCCUUCACGCUAACGUCAAACUGACAUUGAACAUUCCAAGUGGUCGUUGUUGUUUGGUUUUUUAAGAAUAUUUUUCUACAGCUUUUUGUAAGUCAUGCUCCUUACACACGUGUGUGAAUGUAUGUAUGUUUCUAUGUGAUUUUGGCUCGUGUGCGUUUGUGAUGUCACUUCCUGAUUUAGCCGUUAGCAGCUAUGAUGGAUUUAAAUGCUUUAAGAAGCGACUGUCGUACGUGAUGUUUGUGUAAACAGUGAAUAUUUGGUUUGUAUCACCUCGUAUCCACCAAUAAAACUAUACACACAC